UGCCUAGCAAUGACAGAAAGGGACUAAUGAAUUAUCUACAAUGGUUUCCGUGCGGUUGUUCUUGUCAAGGAUGGAUGUCCGAUGAAUACCCCGACAAGUAACCAAUCAAUCAAAUCCAACAUACUUAUCUACACUCUUUGGCGGUGGCGGUGGCGGUGGCGGUGACUGCGACUGCGACUGCGACUGCGAGGGGAGUCGGAGACAGGCGAGGCGGCUUGGUGGUAGGCAGACAACCGAGGACCUGCAAUCUUCCUUCCUUCCUUGCACCGCACCGAUCACCGUUCAAAUUCAAAUUCAAAUUCAAAUUUCCUGUCGAGAUGUGGGUGGAGUUGAUAUGCGGCCUACUUCUUUACCGCUUUUUCAAACGCUUCUUCUACGGCCCCGAUCCCCGUCUUGCCCUAGAUUCCUCUCCCUCAAUUGCUCUCUUCUCCGUCGCCAAAAGGUUGGAAAAACUUAACCGAGGAUCCAAAGUCUACGUUGGCCUUCGAAUUCCGGAUCCCGAUUCUGCUUCUCGCCGGAAUAUUGACCUUGUUCUUAUCACUACUAAAGAGGCAGUGGUAAUUUCGGUAAAGAAUGUGUCAGGUUUGGUGUCCAUUGACAAGAAUGGCAAUUGGGUAUGCGCUGCUGACCAGAAGCACCAUAAGACUGAGCAUCUUCCUGAUCCUGUAGCUGAAACUAAACAAUUAGUUUGCAUCCUUGAAGAAUAUGUUGAACAAAGGGGCGUUUCUCUUCCUCCAGUAUAUUUUUCGUAUAAGGUUAUAUGUCCAAACACAAAUUUUCGAUCCAUUCAUUCAGAGCUUUUUCCACCCGAGGUAAUCACAUAUGAUCGAUGGACACAGUUAAAACCUGAUGAACGAAACUCAUAUUCUGGAUGGAUCAAAGAUACACUUGGCGGCGGAAAGAAGAAAAUGCAGGAAUCGUUUAGUGAGAACCUUCACUCCAUUCUAAGCACUACCCCAAUUUGGGAUAGGUUAGAACUCAAAGACAAUGAGUAUAUUCUUGGGGAAUUUCUGGAAUUCAAAGGCUGUAACGAAGACCUUGUAUCACUCAGAAAGAUCAAAAGAUCAAAAGUUAGCCAUCUGACUGUUCGGAAGAUAGGCAUGUUUAGUAUUGCUGAUUCAACAGUACGGAUCUUAUAUGUUCCUCGUGAUUAUCGUGUUGAAGGACCUUCUUGGUCGUCACAAUGGGAAGAAGUUACAGUCAGAUCAAAAACAGAACUAGUUUUUCAACCGCAAAACUCUAGAAAAUCAUGUAAGCUUAAGCUUUCUUCGGUUGUAUCCUUGUCCCUGAGUGCUUGAGUGUCUCUAGUAACGAGUAGUAACUUGAACACCAUGAUGCACUUUAUGUGGAACUAUACAGUUACACACUAAAUUUGGAAAACUCUUGUAACUAUUUAGUCAAUAAAAUGAUUGUAUAAUUUGUCAA